AUGUUAUCACAUUCUGCCAUGGUCAAAGAGAGGAAACAACAAGCAUCAGCCAUUAUGAAGGAAAUCUACGGCAAUGAGUCAGAUGGCCUAGACCUUGGAAAGAAAAUCAGCAUCCCCAGAGACAUCAUGGUGGAGGAACUAUCAAUACUCAGCAACAGAGGUGCAAGGCUAUUUAAGAUGCGUCAAAGGAGAUCUGACAAGUACACCUAUGAAAACUAUCAUUAUUUAGCAAAUAAGCAAAGGAAUCGUAGUGAACCUAUGCAGAGUGUUAAAAUGGAAACUAGCAGUGCCGAAGUUGGCCAUCAGCACGCACCAAUGACACCUCCUAAUACACCUGACCCACGGAGCCCACCAAAUCCUGAAAACAUUGCACCAGGAUAUUCUGGACCACUAAAGGAAAUUCCUCCUGAGAGGUUCAACACUACUUCUGUGCCAAAAUAUUAUCAGUCCCCCUGGAUAGAAGCCAUCAGCAAUGACCCAGAGCUGUUGGAGGCUUUAUACCCUAGACUGUUUAAGCCUGAAGCAAAGCCAGAGCUGCCUGACUACAGGAGCUUUAACAGAGUUGCCACUCCAUUUGGUGGUUUUGAGAGAGCAUCAAAGCUGGUUAAAUUCAAGGUACCAGAUUUUAAUCUACUGCUGCUAAAUGAUCCCAGGUUCAUGAUCCUCGCUAAUCCUCUUUCUACCAGGAGGUCCUUCAACAGGACUCCUAAGGGAUGGACGUCAGAGAAUAUUCCCAUAGUGUUCAUCCAGCCUUCGGAUUCCAACACUGUUCCAGAAACGGAUGACCUGUGA